AGUUUUACAUGUUACUGGGGGAAAAAAGGGAACAGAGUCCGCUAGAAAACAACUUGAGACAGACUAGCUAUAUGUUGUAAAGCUGGAAGGAUUUGGUUGAGGGGCAAAUAAAAUCCAGUGUGUUAGUGUGAGUGAGGGGAAUAUGGAUGCGAAAGGAAAACUAAAGGUAAUGUUUCUUCCUUUUCCUGGUCAAGGACACUUGAUCCCAAUGGGUGAUAUGGCAAGAGCAUUCAGUGGAAGAGGGGUGAGGGCAACUAUAGUCACCACUCCACUCAACGUACCCGCUAUUCGGGGGACCAUAGGAAAAAGCUCAGAUUUAGACUCCGACUCGGAGAUAGAAAUCGUCACCAUUAAAUUCCCUUGUGCAGAGGCUGGCUUACCUGAGGGAUGCGAAAAUACAGAGUCAGUCCCCUCUCCAGACUUCAUACCCGCUUUCUUCAAGGCAACCAGCAUGCUACAGCCCCAAUUGGAACACCUCCUUCUUCAACACUCACCACACUGCCUUAUUGCCAGUGCUUUCUACCCCUGGGCAUCUCACUCUGCAGCUACAUUCAAUAUCCCAAGGCUUGUAUUUUAUGGCACCGGUGUCUUCGCCUUGUGUGCUUCAGAAUGUCUGCGACUCUACCAGCCUCACAACAAUGUUUCUUCUGACUCUGAUCUAUUUGUUAUUCCUCAUCUUCCGGGAAACAUCCAUAUGACAAGGAUGAUGUUGCCCGAUUACGCUAAAACUGACGGGGAAACUAAAUACGCAGAACUGUUGAAGGCAAUCAAGGAAUCGGAGGUCGCAAGCUUCGGGGUUAUUGUUAACAGCUUUUACGAACUGGAGCAGGAGUACGCUGAUUAUUACGAAAAGCUGCAGGGGCGGAGGGCGUGGUACAUAGGUCCGCUUUCUCUGUGUAACCAACAGGAACGCAAAGGCAAGCGAGGGAAGGAAGCCUCGGUUGACGAAGGGGACAUUUUGAAGUGGCUGGAUUCGAAGAAAGCCAACGCAGUGGUGUACGUCUGUUUUGGUAGCAUAGCCAACUUCAGCGAAAGUCAGUUGAGAGAAAUAGCGAGGGGACUUGAGGAUUCGGGACAAGAAUUCAUAUGGGUUGUGAGGAGAAGUGACAAGGAAUGGCUUCCGGAGGGGUUUGAGAGAAGAACAGAAGGAAGAGGAAUGAUUAUUUGGGGAUGGGCACCUCAACUUCUGAUUCUUGACCAUCCAGCGGUGGGAGCCUUUGUGACACACUGUGGAUGGAAUUCAACGCUGGAAGCUGUGUCCGCUGGCGUGCCCAUGGUCACUUGGCCCGUUUCUGCUGAACAGUUCUACAAUGAGAAAUUAGUGACGGAGAUUCUUGAAAUUGGGGUCCCUGUUGGUGUUAAAAAAUGGGCUAGAAUUGUGGGAGACAGUGUUGGCGGUGAGGCGCUUGAGAAGGCACUAAAAAGAAUAAUGGUAGGGGAAGAAGCAGAGACUAUCAGAAACAGAGCACACAAACUGUCAGAGAUGGCAAGAACUGCUGUGGAACGCAACGGAUCAUCUUCCUGUUCCCUCACUGAUCUGAUACAACGCCUUCAGUCGAUUCAAAAUUUCCCAAAAUCAUCUGAAUGACUCGUGUGUGUGGAUAUUUUAAGAGAUUGAUACAAACAUAAAAGAAAAAUUAAUUUAUUUAUGAUUGUAGGAAUGAAAAGAGGAGAAAAUAUGAUGUUUUUUCCAAUGGUAUGGUUUAUAUAAUAUAUGUAGUUAAUGUGUGAAGAGUUUUUGAAA